AUGAGACCCGACCAGAAUCCUCAGAUCGUCAGCCCACUUGUAUCUCCUUCUCCGCCGUCGGUCGUAUCCCGAAGAGGAACUUCCAUAAUGUCUGGGUCGAGUGAUCCCCGCCAACCGCUUGUGCACCAGGAUUCAUGGCGUCCCUACCACCGGAUAACGGCCAAAAUAUGCCACAGCUACCUCAGUGCCCUGCUGCUCCUGGUGCCAAUAGGCUUCAUCGCGGGUAUUCUUGGAUGGCCUGAUGUGGCAGCUUUCCUUCUUAACCUCGCUGCGAUUGUCCCUCUUGUAUCAUGGAUGACCCUCUCGCUCAGCGAGUUGUCCGCGAGUGUCACACCUCUUGUCGACGAAUUGUGCAAGGCUACUUUGGGAAACGCUGUGGAGCUGACGGUUGGUGUCAUCGCGGUAGCUCGAGGCCAAGUUCGAACCGCACAGUCCGUACUGCUUGGAAGCACCCUUUGCUACCUGCUGCUCGUGCUCGGUAGCUGCUUUUUCGUCUCCGGCUACAACAAGAAGAAACUCGCCUUCGAUCGAACCCUGACUGGCAUCCUCUCUUCGGUCCUGAUGGCUGCAGCCGUGUGUCUCAUGAUCCCAACCGCUUUGGCCAUGUUUCUGUCACCCGGGGCUUUGAGUCGCGGUGAUAUCACGCACGUCACCCGUGGAACCACCGUGAUUCUCUUCCUCCUUCUCCUCGUCUUUCUCUUCUUCCGACUCCGGACGCAUACAUCCUUCUUCAGAGCUGCCCCCACCGGUGUCUCCACACAAAGUCCCCAGAUUCCUGCAGUCCGGUCCUGGCGUCCGGCCAUCACCUUGAUCGCGAGCGUCCCGUCCAUUGUCCUCUGUGGCUUCUUCAUGGUGGGCAGCUUGCGCGGGUUUUCAAAGUCCACCGGAAUAAGCCAGCACUUCACCAGCCUGGUCCUGAUCCCGCUGGUCGGGAACUCGACCAGGUUUCUAAGUAUAGUAACCGUGGAUAGGGACGAUAGAGGCGCUUUGGGGAUCAGAGCCGUGAUCACCAGUGCGCUACGGAUCACUCUGCUUGUUGUGCCCUGUGUCGCUUUCCUGGGCUGGAUCGUCGAUGUCCCGACGAUUCUCAUGUUCGAUGCAUUCGAUACAGUCGUCUUUCUGGUCUGUGUUAUAGUGACCAAUUCCAUGACUCAUAAUGGAGAAACCAACUACUUUGAGGGACUGAUGCUGGUCGGAAAGUACGUCUUCCUCCCCUUCUUACUCAAUGAGCCGUUGUUCUAA